GGUUAUUCAAAGGAACAAGGUGAAUUGGCACCAGCGUCGUGAGUGUCCAGUUCUUUCUGUCCAUCGGUGCUCUGUGUGCGACAGGGUUUUUAGGAAAAGACACUUUCUGAUAAGACACAUGCACGAACAGAACCAUUACAAUGUGAAUGGCCAGACGGCCAACAGUUUGGCCACAUCCUCCGAUGCAGUGUCCAGCAGCCUCUCUGUUCUUCAGGACAAAAUGAACACGUCACUUCAGCUGCUCAAUGUCUCAGCCACACCAGCCAUGCGGGUUGAAGCUGAUGAUGAACUGGCUGCUAAGACUGAGUCUGAUUCAUGUGCGCUGAAGAGUGAUGAAGAGUGUAGAGAAAGUGGUGUCGAUCGCCCAAUGACUAAAGACAUUGGUAGAGUUGAUUACAUGAAAAGUGAUGUAGAAUGUAGAGAAAGUGGUGUCCAACCCCCAAUGACUAAAGCCAUUGAAAGAGUUCAGUGCAGCAUUUGUAGACUGUAUUAUCACAGCAGAAACCAGCUUUUUGAACAUUUAAAAGAUCACAUCAAUCAGGUCCUCACUAUUCAAAAAGUCCAAGAAUGGACAUUGAAGUCCUCAGAUUAUUUCUUCCUCACUGACGCUGAUGAUGACCAUGACAGAGAAACAGUGACGUCUGCCACGACAAGCACCAGUUGUCUGGACUCUGAGAUUACAUCGACCACGGACGCGACAGUCAAUUUUUCUAGUUUAGACUCUACGAUAUCUGCUGACCCCAAGUGGUCCAAGCCGCACAGAAAACGAAGCGGCCAUCGUCAUAAGGGAGAUGUUCUCAUCUGUGAAUUUUGCAGUGAACAAUUUGGUUUCCGCAAGGACCUCCAUUUUCACAUGGAGACCAAACACAAAGACAGCACGUUAAAAUGUCCAGUCUGUAAGAAGAAAUUCAGCUGGAAGAAACGUGGCAAGUUUUAUGAGAGGCAUCUCAACUCGCAUUAUGGGGUCAAGGUGUUUAAACACAAGUGUGAAACCUGCGGAAAGACAUUUCUAGAAAAUUCCAAACUGCGCGCUCACAUGUCUCUCCACAACACGGAGCUGCUCCACAGGUGCGCGGUGUGUAAGAAAGGUUAUGCAAAUAAAUCUAGUUUAGUACGGCACGAGCGGAAGCACACAGGAGUCAAACCGUACCAGUGUCAAGUAUGUUCAGAGAGUUUCAUGGAGAAGCGCGAGUUGCUCCGCCAUUCCACCACACAUACAGGUGUGGCCCCCUUCAGCUGCAGCGAGUGUGGUCAAGGGUUUACUCUGAAGACAUCUUACAUGUCUCACAUGAAGAAGAAACAUUUUAAGCCUUAGCAAUUACGCCUUAAACAAUUAAUACUUAUUGUUUUACAGCAAUGUAGAAGUGGGGUGACUUUGGCCUGUUUGGAACUUUAGAGUCUUAUGAACUAUUAGUUACAGAAUAGUGUUAUGAACUACAGAAUAGUGUUAUGAACUAUUAGUUACAGAAUAGUGUUAUGAACUAUUAGUUACAGAAUAGUGUUAUGAACUAUUAGUUACAGAAUAGUGAUAUGAACUAUUAGUUACAGAAUAGUGUUAUGAACUAUUAGUUACAGAAUAGUGUUAUGAACUAUUAGUUACAGAAUAGUGUUAUGAACUAUUAGUUACAGAAUAUAUCUUCAUGCAAACAAUAUAAACUAUUGAGCCCCAAUUUAUAGCUUAUGUUUUUUGUUAAUUGUAAUUUCAAGGAGAUGAAAAUUUUUUCCUUAAACAUAUUAUUAAUGUGUCACUGGAGUCUUAUCAUGCAGGUAUAAAUAAAAGGAUUUUUUUUGCUUCAACUGAAGUAGUCAGGCAAAUUUAUUUUUCAUGAACGUUUAGAAAAGAAAUGCGAAUCAAGAAAUAUACUUUUGUAUUGUUGUAGACUCCCUAAAUUCUUAUGACAAUGUGUCUCCUUGCAACAUUGAUUAUUAAAAUUUUUCCCAUCUGACUGGGCACCGCUGGUCAUCUGACUGGGCACCGCUGGUCAUCUGACUGGCCAUAACAUUUAUUUUUUUGAAAUUGUCAUUCUUAUUAUACAUGCAAUACUUUGAGCCUAUCAGGUCAUAACCAGUAUUAUCUGUAGACAUAUUUGUGUACCAUUUCUAGUAAAUAAAGGUGAAGGAUCAUAGAUACAACUUUAGAUGUUUUUAGACAAAGCGAAGCAUUAAGUUUAAUGCAUUUUCUUAUUAUUUUAUAUAUCAUCAUUCUUUUACUCCAUCAUUCUUCUAAUGUUUCCUUCUUCUGUGUACUUAAAUAAAUAGAAUGACAUUAGACAUUAGAGUUAGGCUAUUUCACCCCUCCCCCCUUUUCCUUAGAGAUGUUACAAGUGACAGUAUGUUUUCAUCCCCUCAUAUUGUUAUAAAUGACAGCAUGUGUUCAUCCCCACUCUUAUUGUUAUAAAUGACAGCAUGUAUGCAUCCCCAUUUAGUUUGUUUCCAACUACCAUUGACUGUAUUCCAUGUGAUAAAUUACAGAGAAGCAUUAUUACCUUACAUUUCAUUUGUUUUUAUUUAUCCACUUUCAACUGUGGUCAACACGCCCUAGCCCUGGAGGGACAGUGGGUCUAUCAUUUGACCUGCUUGCUUGUGCCUGGUUGUUGGCCCGCUUGUGCCUGGUUGUAGGCCCGGACAGUCAACUACUAGUUACUUUCUUACUCACACAGUCAAAUAGCAUUAUUAUAAUUAA